GCUCAAAGACGGAACGCAUCGACAGAUUCGGCCCGAAAUUUCGGGGGAUUUGCCGCAUCUGACCGAGUCCGCCUCGUUUCCAUGCGUUCUAUAUGUACGUGUGUUCCCCUGAGUGCCAAGUGGUGAGGUGUGCGCUUAGACCAAUACAUGUACUCGAGAUAAGCUGCCACCAUACGUGGCGCCCAAUGCCGGCUUGUUCUCACAGCCGGACCAACAUGAGAGCAACUACUACGGUCUGUACAAUUAUAGGAGUAAUCGUGCCAGAGCUCAGCGCCUGUGCGGUUCGCGAAUGCUCGCCUUGCUGAAGGCUUUCUGCGCCUUGAUAUUCGAGGCAUGCAAGCGGCUGAAGAUCUGUGCUCAACUAUCCUGUCAUCUCCCAGACAUCUAGGCAUGCUUGCCGGUGCCUU